AUGGCUCGUUGUAAAGCAGCAUAUGAUCACUGGCUUAUCAUGCUCUGUGUUUUAGUAUUUGCUAGUUCAUCACGUUCUGCAACAAAUCACGAAGGUGAAAUACUCCUCAGAUUCAAGAAUUCUCUAUCUGAUACCUCUGCGUUAGAUACGACCUGGAUUAACACAACAAAUCCCUGCAACGUUACCCUCCAUUGGGAGGGUGUACAAUGUGACACAACCGGAAAGAAGGUGUUCGGGCUGCAGCUGCAGAACAUGGGUCUAACUGGCCUGAUCGACAUCGACACGCUCACAGAGUUGCCGGCCCUCCAGACCGUAAGCUUCAUGAACAACAUCUUUGCAGGUCCAAUGCCGGAUGUGAAGAGACUUCCACUCAUUAGUGUCUACUUAUCCCAGAACCAAUUCACUGGUGAUAUUCCGGAUGAUGCUUUCAGUGGUAUGGGUGGUACCUUGAAGAAGGUUUACUUGGCCAAAAAUGGAUUUACGGGGAAGAUACCGAGUUCUUUGGUUGCUUUGCCUAAGCUUAUUGAGUUGGACCUUGGGGAUAACCAGUUUAGUGGGAAGAUACCGAAUUUUCAACCACGGAAAUGGGUGAUGUUAAAUCUGGCAAACAACAGAUUUGACGGUCCGAUUCCGCCAUCACUGAGCGAUUUACCCCCGGCUGAUUUUGAGGGAAACAAAGGCUUGUGUGGACGGCCUCUUGGAAAAUGCAAGUCCAAGAAGCUACACCUCCUAAUGAUCAUAGCCAUCGUAGUAAUCUCAGCUGUGGCCGUACUACUACUGUGUGCCCUCUGUUGGAUCCGGGGCCGUCGAUCCCGUCAGGCCAGCCAAGCCCCUUCGGCUCAGCAAGAAAAUGCUCAAAUGAAACCGGUAGCUCGGAAAACCCGCGGAGUAUUGGAGGCCCAACUACCCGAUCCAGAGGUAGAGGAUGAGUACAAAAAGGCAGAAAGAGGAGGGGAGUUGCAUUUUCUGAGAAAGGACAGAAAGAGGUUUGAGGUGCAAGAGCUACUUAGAGCACCAGCUGAGGUUUUGGGGAGUGGGAGCUUUGGGUCGUCUUACAAGGCUGGUAUUUUGAGUGGGUCUAUGGUUGUGAAGAGGUUUAGGGAUAUGAACAGAGUUGGCAAAGAUGACUUCUACGAUCACAUGAGUAGACUUGGAAGGUUGUCACACCCUAAUCUCCUCCCACUGGUUGCCUUCUAUUACAUGAAAGAAGAGAAGCUCUUGGUUCUUGACUUUGCUCUGAAUGGAAGCUUGGCUAGUCAUCUCCAUGGUAAGCGAGCCCCAGGCCAACCAGGCCUCGACUGGCCAACCCGUCUGAUGAUCAUCAAAGGAGUAGCAAAAGGACUAGGCUACCUCUACAAAGAGUUCCCUGGCAUGCCCGUCCCGCACGGCCAUCUCAAAUCCUCCAACGUUCUCCUCGACCACAACUUCAACCCGGUCUUAGCUGAAUACGCCCUAAUCCCUGUCAUCAACAAAGACCACGCCCACAAGCUCAUGGUCGCCUACAAGUCCCCGGAGUUCUCCCAAACAGGCCGCACCUCUAAGAAGACCGACGUGUGGAGCCUCGGCAUCCUCAUAUUCGAAAUGCUUACCGGGAAGUUCCCCGCAAAUUACCUCCAACAGGGCAAGCGGGCCAACGCCGACCUCGCCAGCUGGGUCAACUCCGUGGUCAGGGAAGAAUGGACCGGCGAGGUGUUCGAUAAAGAAAUGAAAGGGACCAAAAACGGAGAGGGUGAGAUGCUAAAGCUGUUGAAGAUAGGGAUGUGCUGCUGCGAGAGCAGCGUUGAGGGGAGAUGGGAUUGGAGAGAGGCGGUGGAUAAGAUCGAGGAGUUGCAGGAGAGGGACAGUGAAGAAGAGGACUACUCGUCGUACGCGAGUGACGGGGAUGUGUACUCCUCUAGGGCUGUGACUGAUGAUGACUUCUCCUUCUCAGUUGCAGCUUGAAGAAGGUUUUUAACUUGUUUGAAUAUUAGGGCUUGGAUUAUUAUUCAUGUUAUACCAGGUGAGGAAUAACAAUGGAACAAGAGGAC